AUGAUUAACAAAUCCAAGUCAUCGGUAUCAAAGUCCGACCACAAUCAUCACAUCUACGAUCGGUCAAUUACCGCGCAUACAUUCUUUGCCGAACAGUCUACGAAAUACGGCACUCGUCCCGUGGCGAGUCAUAGGAAGAUGCAUAUUCAUACCGUAGAGGGUCAAGAGCCCUGGAUUAAACCUUACUAUUGGUUUCAUUUGAAUUUGGCUGGUUCUGAUACAAUAUAUUUUAUUAGGAUUAAAAGAAUUCAAAAGGAACCAGAAUAG